AUGGUCCUCUCAUUUAUCCUGGUUCAGAAUCGCCAGGGGAAAACGCGCCUGGCGAAAUGGUACUCACCUUACAGUGAUGAAGAGAAAGUCAAACUGAAAGGCGAGGUCCAUCGCCUCGUCGCUCCCCGAGAUCAGAAAUACCAGUCCAACUUUGUUGAGUUCCGUCGGAGUACUAAGGUCGUCUACCGAAGAUAUGCUGGCUUGUUCUUUUGCGUCUGCGUCGACGCGAAUGACAACGAACUAGCCUAUCUCGAAGCAAUCCAUUUCUUCGUCGAAGUGCUGGACCAAUUCUUUGGCAAUGUGUGCGAGUUGGAUUUGGUCUUCAAUUUCUACAAGGUCUACGCUAUCCUGGACGAAGUAUUUCUCGCAGGCGAGAUUCAAGAGACAAGCAAGCAGGUUGUUCUCACGCGAUUAGAACACCUGGAUAAGUUGGAGUAG